CACGCCAGCCCCUCUCCCUUCUCCCCGCCGGGCGCACCCCCCAGAUGCCUCCUGGCACGGAGCGCAGCCGCCGCCGCCGCAGCAGCACUUUCCGCUUGUACUGAUCCCCUCGCAGCCCCGCUCAGCCGGCUCGCCGGAGCGCAGCGCGGCCAGCGCUUCAGCCCUUGGCAGCCCCGGAGCAGUCGGGCUCGGGGAGGAAACUCCUUGGGAGCGCCCUGUCCGGGGUGCCCUCUGCGCUCUGCAGUGUCUUUCUCUCUGCCUGGGAGGAGGAGGAGGAGGAGGAGGAGGACGUCUGGUCCCGGCAGGGAGGUGGAGCAGCGGCAGCCGCAGCCGCCGAGGCAGCCGCCGCCGCCGCCGCCGCCGCCGGAAAGGGAGAGGCAGGAGAGACCGAGACUUGGAAACCCCAAAUUGUCCGCGACCCUGCACGGCAGGCUCCUUUCCAGCUUCAUGGGCAAAGUGUGGAAACAGCAGAUGUACCCUCAGUACGCCACCUACUACUACCCCCAGUAUCUGCAAGCGAAGCAGUCUCUGGUUCCAGCCCACCCCAUGGCCCCUCCCAGUCCCAGCACCACCAGCAGUAAUAACAACAGUAGCAGCAGUAGCAACUCAGGAUGGGAUCAGCUAAGCAAGACGAACCUCUAUAUCCGAGGACUGCCUCCCAACACCACUGACCAGGACCUGGUGAAGCUCUGUCAGCCAUAUGGGAAAAUAGUCUCCACGAAGGCAAUUUUGGAUAAGACAACAAACAAAUGCAAAGGUUAUGGUUUUGUCGACUUUGACAGUCCUGCAGCUGCUCAGAAAGCUGUGUCUGCCCUGAAGGCUAGUGGGGUUCAAGCUCAAAUGGCAAAGCAACAGGAACAAGAUCCUACCAACCUGUAUAUUUCUAAUUUGCCACUGUCCAUGGAUGAGCAAGAACUUGAAAAUAUGCUCAAACCAUUUGGACAAGUUAUUUCCACAAGGAUACUGCGUGAUUCCAGUGGUACAAGUCGUGGUGUUGGCUUUGCUAGGAUGGAAUCAACAGAAAAAUGCGAAGCCGUUAUUGGUCAUUUUAAUGGAAAAUUCAUUAAGACACCACCAGGAGUUUCUGCUCCUACAGAACCUUUAUUGUGUAAGUUUGCGGAUGGAGGACAGAAGAAGAGACAGAACCCAAACAAAUACAUCCCUAAUGGAAGACCGUGGCAUAGAGAAGGAGAGGUGAGACUUGCUGGCAUGACACUUACUUAUGACCCAACUACAGCUGCUAUACAGAACGGAUUUUAUCCUUCACCAUACAGUAUUGCUACAAACCGAAUGAUCACCCAAACUUCUAUUACACCCUAUAUUGCAUCUCCUGUAUCUGCCUACCAGGUGCAAAGUCCUUCUUGGAUGCAACCUCAACCGUAUAUUCUACAGCACCCAGGUGCCGUGUUAACUCCCUCGAUGGAGCACACCAUGUCACUACAGCCCGCAUCUAUGAUCAGCCCUCUGGCCCAGCAGAUGAGUCAUCUGUCGCUAGGCAGCACCGGAACAUACAUGCCUGCAGCAUCAGCUAUGCAAGGAGCCUAUUUGCCGCAGUAUGCACACAUGCAGACGACAGCGGUUCCUGUUGAGGAUGCGAGUGGCCAGCAGCAGGUGGCUGUAGAGACGUCUAAUGACCAUUCUCCGUAUACCUUUCAACCCAAUAAGUAACUGUGAGAUGUACAGAAGGGUGUUCUUACAUGAAGAAGGGUGUGAAGGCUGAACAAUCAUGGAUUUUUCUGAUCAAUUGUGCUUUAGGAAAUUAUUGACAGUUUUGCACAGGUUCUUGAAAACGUUAUUUAUAAUGAAAUCAACUGAAACUAUUUUUGCUAUAAGUUCUAUAAGGUGCAUAAAACCCUUAAAUUCAUCUAGUAGCUGUUCCCCUGAACAGGUUUAUUUUAGUAAAAAAAAAAAACAAAAUAAAAACAAAAGAUUUUUAUCAAAUGUUAUGAUGCAAAAGAAAAAAAGAAAAAGAAAAAAAAAAGAAAACUUCAAUUUUCUGGGUAUGCACAAAGACCAUGAAGAUUUAUCCAAGUGCAUGACCGGAUUUUUGUGGUUUUGUUCAUUUUGUGUUUAAUUUGUGUUUUUUUUUCAGCUGUAUGAAAUGGGCUUUCUGAAGUUUAAAUAGUCCACUUCAGCCAUGGUGUUCUGUGCUUGCAGUGCGAGUGUCGUAAUUAAGUGUUGCCGUCAGUGUGUCUUUUCUUGGCUUUCCAUUUUUCUUUCAAUGUAGUGUGAAGUGUCUUAUCCUUUUCUAUGAAUUCCAAUUUGCCUUAACUCUUUUGAUGCUGUAGCUGUUUCAGUAAAAGUUAGUUCAAACUAAUGAUGUAGAAUGCUUUGACCAAAUGAGCUGGUCUAUUAUGCCUUGUAAAACAGCAGCAUAGGGCUUUUAAAAGGUAGUCAAUAAAAGUUGCUGAAAUUUUGGCUUUUUUAAA